UACUCGUAACUGCACACGUUUUCAUCUGCAAUCUUCUUCUCCAUUGAUAUCAAGCAGCAUGCCGGAACAAGAACAGCAAGCCGGCGAAGCGCCAAAAUCCGCAAAACAAUUGGAAAAGGAGGCCAUCAAAGCUGCGAAGUUGGCCAAAUUGCAGGCAAAAUUGGACAAGAAGGCACAAGCAGCGCCUGCAGCGGGUGAAAAAAAGGAAAAGCCCGAGAAACGAACUAAAGAGACUAAAGAGGCUGCUGUAUAUACGGCUGCCACAGCACCUGGAGAUAAAAAAGACAUUAGUGGAGCGCUGCCAGAUGCUUACAGUCCACGUUACGUAGAGGCUCAAUGGUACAGCUGGUGGGAGAAACAAGGUUUCUUCACACCCGAAUAUGGCCGCGAGUCUAUCAAUGCGCCCAAUCCGAAUGGUAAAUUUAUAAUGGUCAUACCCCCACCAAAUGUAACGGGCUCUCUGCAUUUGGGUCAUGCUCUUACCAAUGCUAUUGAAGAUGCUAUUACACGCUAUCAUCGCAUGAAGGGACGCACCACUCUCUGGGUGCCUGGCUGUGAUCAUGCAGGAAUUGCUACACAAGUAGUGGUGGAGAAACUAUUAUGGCGUGAUGAGAAACUGUCACGUCAUGAUUUGGGACGCGAAAAAUUCAUUGAACGCAUUUGGGGUUGGCGACGUGAGAAAGGUGUGCGCAUUUAUGAUCAGCUCAAGGCGUUGGGCUCUUCCUACGAUUGGACGCGUGUGGCAUUCACCAUGGAUCCCAAACUUUGCAAAGCAGUAACAGAGGCCUUUGUGCGUCUACAUGAACAGGGCAGCAUUUAUCGCAGUUCACGAUUGGUCAAUUGGUCGUGCACACUUCGUUCCGCCAUCUCAGACAUUGAGGUAGACAAGGUGGAGCUGACAGGUCGCACGUUCUUAGCCAUACCUGGCUAUGAGGAGAAGGUCGAGUUUGGUGUGCUCAUUAAGUUUGCCUACAAGGUGGAGCACAGCGACGAAGAGAUUAUAGUGGCGACUACACGUAUUGAGACUAUGCUGGGUGAUACUGCUGUCGCUGUGCAUCCACAGGAUGAGCGAUAUAAGCAUCUGCAUGGCAAGCAUGUGUUGCAUCCGUUCUGCGACAGACGUCUGCCCAUCGUUCUCGAUGAGUUUGUGGACAUGAACUUUGGCACAGGUGCUGUUAAGAUAACCCCCGCUCAUGAUGCCAAUGAUUAUGAGGUGGGCAAGCGAUGCAAUUUGCCUUUUAUUACCAUUUUCAACGACGAUGGCUUCAUCAUUGGCGACUAUGGCGAGUUUACAGGCAUGAAACGUUUCGACUGUCGCAAACAGUUGCUGGUGCGACUAAAAGAAAUGGGACUCUAUCGCGAGACAGUAAACAAUGCAAUGGUGGUGCCCAUUUGCAGCCGCUCCAAGGAUGUAGUGGAGCCACUUAUCAAGCCACAGUGGUAUGUUAGCUGCUCCGACAUGGCUGCUUCGGCUACAGAGGCUGUGCGAUCGGGAGAGCUUAAGAUUAUACCAGAGCACCAUACCAAGACUUGGUAUCACUGGAUGGAUGGCAUUCGCGAUUGGUGCGUGUCCCGUCAGCUUUGGUGGGGACAUCGCAUUCCCGCCUACCAUGUGAGCUUCAAGGAUGCCAGCGUUAAGGCAAGCACGCCUGAUGAUGAACAGUAUUGGAUAGUGGCUCGUAGUGAGGAGGAGGCGUUAAGCAAGGCUGCUGCACGCUUUGGUGUGGAUGCCAGCCAGAUUGUGCUGGCCCAGGAUGACGAUGUGCUGGACACAUGGUUUAGCUCUGGACUGUUUCCAUUCUCAGUGUUUGGCUGGCCAGACAAUACAGCAGAUAUGGAGGCGUUCUAUCCAACUUCGCUGCUGGAAACCGGCCACGAUAUUCUUUUCUUCUGGGUGGCACGCAUGGUAUUCUUUGGCCAGAAGCUGCUGGGUAAACUGCCCUUCAAGGAAGUAUAUUUGCAUCCAAUGGUGCGUGAUGCGCACGGUCGCAAAAUGUCAAAAUCUUUGGGCAAUGUGAUUGAUCCCAUGGAUGUCAUACACGGCAUUACGCUAGAGGGUCUGCAUCAGCAGUUGAUUGGCUCCAACUUGGAUCCGCGGGAAAUUGAAAAGGCCAAGGCGGGCCAGAAACAAGACUAUCCCCAAGGCAUACCCGAGUGCGGCUCUGAUGCGUUGCGUUUUGCACUUUGUGCUUAUAUUACCCAAGCUCGCGAUAUUAAUCUGGAUAUUAAUCGUGUGCAGGGCUAUCGAUUCUUCUGCAACAAAUUGUGGAAUGCCACUAAAUUUGCGCUGCUUUACUUCAGCGGCGAGCAGCGCUAUGAUACGGAGCUAACGCUUAGCGCGCAAUCAAAUCAAAUGGACGCUUGGAUAUUAUCGCGACUGGCCGCCACUAUUGAAGCUUGCAAUGCUGGAUUUGAGAGCUACGACUUUGCUGCUGCAACCAGUGCCUGCUAUGCCUUCUGGCUGUAUGAUGUAUGCGAUGUGUAUUUGGAGUGUUUGAAGCCCAUAUUCCAAAACGGCAGCGACGAGCAGCAGGCAGCAGCUAGACGCACACUCUAUGUGUGCUUGGACUACGGACUACGUUUGUUGUCGCCGUUCAUGCCCUUCAUAACGGAAGAACUCUAUCAGCGCUUGCCACGCGCCGACACUACGCCCAGCAUAUGUGUGUCCAGCUAUCCAACAAACACCGCUUGGCGCGACGCUAAAAUCGAAUCUGAUGUGGACUUCAUGCAGAAGGCAGCGCGUAUUAUACGCUCCGCACGCUCCGACUACAAUUUGCCGAAUAAAACAAAGACAGAGGCCUACAUAGUCUGCACUGAUGCCACACCGAAUGAUAUACUCAAGCGUUAUGCUGGCGAUCUGGCCACCAUUGCCUAUUGCUCUACUGUUAGCUUUGAUAGUCAGCCACCCGCAGGUUGCGCCAUUCUAACCGUGUCUGGCCAAUGUGAAGUACAUUUGCUGCUCAAGGGCCUUAUCGAGGCUGAUAAGGAAGUUGCCAAGCUGCAGAAGAAACGUGAUCAACUGGAGCAGACUGUUGGCAAGCUGAAUCAAGCUAUGCAGGCAGCGGAUUACACAAGCAAAGUGCCAGCCGAGGUGCAAACUGCCAACGAGACUAAGCUUACUGAAUCGCGCACGGAAAUCGAACGAAUAGCAGCAGCCAUUGAAACGCUGAAACUUAUGUAAACAUUUUUCAUAAAAUUUCAUGUAACGCUUUUAACUAUACUCGCACUUAAACAAAGUCCGUAUUGCAUCACUGCAUUUUGCUUUAAAGUUGAAAACAAUAGAUACAAUUUAAAAAAA